CACAAACUUGAGCUUGACAUGCCCCUUCUCGGCAAAGCACCGGCGUCAACGGACUGUGGCCGUGCUGAAAGUGCACGUUACAAUAACGCUCAUUAUUUCCGUCAAGAUUUUGAUCUUGUCCGAUAAAACUGGGGCUUAGGGCAUGCACGCAAUAGUGGAUAUUGAACUUUUAUUGUUUCAUUCCUGCCAUCAGCCAUCCUGAUUCUUCUUAGUGAGGGUACCAUGAGGUCUUGAACUUUAUUCAACUUGCAUUUGAAUUUCUCAUGCAACGGUGCUUUGUCCCCUAGAACUUCAGGCAAACACACGAUUGGACUCUUGGUAAUUUACAUCUACGUAUUUUGUUUGUGUUCAACUUGUCUGUGCGCCAGUACGUUUUGCUUCUCAUCUUCUGAUAGAAUGCAGCUUUUCGUGAGCAACCCUUUCGGCACGACCUUCACCGUUGAGUCGUCCCCGCAGGACACUGCCGAUUCUCUCAAGAGCAGGAUUCUGGAGACUACCAGCUUGUCGGAUUUGAAUACUGCAGAUGUGCGGUUGACCUUUGCUGGCCACGAUCUGCCUGAUCGCGCAACGUUUGCGAGCGCGAAUGUCUCUAACGGGUGCACGCUGAGUUUUGACUUUCGCCUGAGGGGAGGAAUGCUUCCACAGCCAUGUCCAUUGCCCACCCCUCAGGAGUCGGACGACAGAGUCGCUACUCGUCAGAUGGAAAGGGAUACAAUCAGUAUGACGCUUCCAGGACAGAUCAUGAUCUCAAUCCGAACGAUACAUGCCCAAAAAUUUGAUAUCUUUGCGCCACCCAGCAGCUCCGUUUUGUUCCUCAAACAGAAAAUAUCGGAGAGUAUUGAAGUGGACGCUGAACAUCAGCGUUUGCUGUUUUCCGGGAGAGUUCUCCAAGACGACGGUACCCUUGAAGAUUAUGGUGUCGCAAAUGGGAGCGUAAUGCAGCUGUCUAUUCCACCUGGCCUUAAGAUCGCUGUGAAGACGGAGACUCAAAGACGAAGACGAGGACAAGAAUCAGAGGUGCAGAUAUUUGUCAAAAAUCUGAAUGGCAAGACGAUGACCCUGAUGAUCUCGCCGAUGGACACGGUAGAAAAUCUGAUGAAGAAGAUUCAAGAGAGGACGGACAUUCCACCUUCUGAGCAGCGCAUCCUAUUCGGUGGGAAACAACUCGUGCCCGAUAGGAUUUUAGCGGACUACAAUAUUUCGAAGGAGAGUACGUUGCAUCUUGUACUUCGUUUACGAGGAGGAUUGUGAGGUGAAAAAUCGACGUGCAGCACUAUUUUUUGGUUUCCAAUCGAUCCCCCAGUACGAUGUGCAGUGUAUGAUUAUGGCCAUGUAAGCACUC